ACCUGCCAGUGGAUACCUGUACGUUACAAUUGUGUACAACAUCUCCAUAAGUUUGGCUCUCUAUGCCCUCUUCAUGUUCUACCUGGCAACAAAGACCCUGCUGAGCCCGUUUGACCCAGUCCUGAAGUUUUGCAUCAUCAAGUCAGUUAUUUUUCUUUCCUUCUGGCAAGGUGUUAUCCUAGCAGUUCUGGAAAAGGCCAAAGUCAUAGACUCCAUCUACUCCCACAAUGGUUCCCAGAAGGUGGGUGUCGGAACUGUUUCCGCUGGCUGGCAGAACUUCUUCAUUUGCCUAGAGAUGUUCCUGGCUUCGGUGGCUUUGCGUUUUGCUUUUCCUCACAGCGUGUACAGCACAGGGCCGCCGAGCACACACGGUCGCACAGUGUCCUUACAGUCCAUCUCCAGCAGUCUCAAGGAAACCAUGAACCCUAGGGAUAUCAUGCAGGAUGCGAUCCACAACUUCCACCCACACUACCAGCACUACACACAGCAAGGCAUGAAAGCCUCAGAAGAGGACCAUCAGGACGGACCCUGGAGCACAGAUCACUACCAGUAUAAUGGCCAGCAGCAUGUCUCCAAUGGAAGCGCAUCUGCAAUUUCUCCUGUAUCAGCAGCUUCCAUUGAUAUUCUUGGUGGUGACAUGAACCAUCUGAAGCAGCAUUCCUCAACCCAGGGAGGUAUUUCCAGUGGAGCCCCUGCUGUGUCUCAAGGACCUGGAGGCCACUUCAGUGAAAAGACGACCCUGCUCAGCUCUGAUGAUGAAUUUCAGUAA